AUGGGUGUGCCGAACCCAGUCGACAGCAUGGAUGGUGUCGAAUGUUCGGCCGUGUAUAUUGAUCGCCGUGUCGUCCAAGAACGGUGGGUGUAUCAAAGCCCAACUGAUUCCUCGAAUACCUCCAGUUCCGGUGCCUCUACAUUUCCUGACGAACCCGAUUCUCUGAGAUCAGAUGUGGAAGUUCUACUGGGGGUCUGCAAACGGAUUUAUCUUUGUAAUGUUGGCCCUUCUCUCGCAUCCAAACUCGCCGAACUUAGUGACGACGCCCUCACAACGUGCCGACCUAUCUUCGCGUUCUUUGACGUCGAUUUGUCAGGGGAAGACGCCGGCUUAUCCCGUCGGAAAAGUGGCCGGGGCUCAUGGCCCGAGGUAUCUCCUCCAUCUCCGGCGUCUUUGCGUCGCGGCUUCACCUUCUCGUCUCAGUCCGAAGGGGUACACGAUCUGAAGUUGUUGUCGGGACUGUCUGCCGACAUUCAAGUCCAAGAGUCCCCAAACUUAAUCGUCCCGGUUGCUGUCUUGCGCUCUUCUGCUCAAGUCCCUAGUAGUGUGUCUGUGGACCCCCAGCGCAAUGGGGCGAUGCCCGAAUUUCAGCAGAUAUCGAAAUGCUUAGAUGCGGGCGCCGUUGACGUCUUAGCGUCACCCCUGAGCAACGCUAGGAUGCAGGGCCUUGUAGUCCACGCCUUCCGUGCUCGCAAGUCCGCUUUGAGAGAACAGUCGCGCUUCAUGUCCAGAAAAAAGUUGCGCAAGCAUUCGUGGGUAGGUGUACACGAUGAGCAGCCAUAUGCCUACUUAAGAGAAGCAAUGGUGUCGAAGCUUAUGAAGGGCAUCUGCAAUCCCGAAGAGGUGAUAGAAGAAUUCCAAGAUCAGAGUGAAUUAAAUGUGAGCCCAGAACGUGAGGAGCUCAUAAAAGAGCAGAUCGGGAACUGGAACUUUACAGCUCAUGAUUUUUCUGAUGAUGAACUUGUGCUGGGGGCUUCUGAAAUCCUGCACCAUGCCUUCACUAUGCCAAAUCUGGAACAGUGGCAAUUAACACCAGGUGAACUUCGGACAUUCUUACUCGCAUGUCGUGCAUCCUACAACUCCUUUGUUCUCUACCAUAACUUUCGACAUGCUAUUGACGUCUUGCAAUCUGUAUUUUAUUUCCUCCUUCACAUCGGUGCUCUACCCCCUUAUAGGUCAGUGACCCGAGACACUGAUUCGAAAUCUCCUAUUGCAUCCCUUCUCACACCCUUCGAUACUCUUACGCUGUUGAUUUCGGCAAUCGGUCAUGACGUGGGCCACCCUGGAGUGAACAACUUUUUCCUGGUCAAGCUCAACGCACCGCUGGCACAGCUCUACAAUGACAACUCGGUGCUGGAGGCAUUCCACUGCGCUGCCUUUUCGCAGAUCCUACGCCGCUAUUGGCCGUCCGCAUUCAAGGAUAAGCAGAUUCGCAAGUUGCUGAUCAGCUCGAUCUUGGCAACAGACAUGGGCGUCCAUCAGAAGUUCAUGGAGCGACUUGGGUCUUUGCAGGAGAAAUUCUAUGAGAACGGUCAGACUGUUGAUGGAUGGAAACCCCAGGAUCUUGAUAUGUACAAGACCCUUCUAUGUGGUCUGCUGAUCAAAUGCGCCGAUAUCAGUAAUGUGGCGCGGCCAUGGGAUGUGGCUGAAAAAUGGACCAAAAUUCUGCAGGAGGAGUUCGCCAAUCAAGGUGAAAUGGAAAAGGAGGUUGGCAUGGAAACUGCUUUGUUCGGCGGACCACCAGAACUCGGGAACGUAUAUAAACUCGCUAUCGGUCAGAUCGGUUUCAUGUCUAUAUUUGCUCUUCCUCUAUUCGAGGGUGUAGCGGAUAUCUUACCCGAUAUGCGAUUCACCGUUGAGCAUAUUCGAAAUAACCAAUCCAGAUGGCACCACCUCGCUGAUUUGGAGAAACGAAAGCAGGCGUUACUGGACGAAAAUGGCCCUGAAGACGUGGUAUCUCCUUGUACUCAGAGCCCCGCUGUGAGUUUGAAGGGCUUCAAGGGUCUCCGCGCACCGUUAACGACGAGCGGACCGGAUUCUUCUGCCAAGCAAGCAUUACCAAGCAAUGAAAACAGUUGUCGGCGCGAGGCAGAUUACUUCGGUGCAGCCCACUCGUCUGUGGGUUCUGAGACCUCGCGCGGGACUUUAAACGAGAACACUAUCAGCCCUGUCGUCUCUCCGGACACAGCCGGUCCUUCAAUGGACAUAACUGGAAAUCCCUUGCCGUCGCAAACACCAUCGCGCAAGUCCUCCAACGCUGUGCCAGAUCUUGACAUGGUCUCCAUCGCAGGCGCGUCCCCAGAGAGAAAUAGGGUUCGGACGGAUUCCGGAGUAUCAAAUGGGGCCGCUGACGGCCACUCUUCAAGGGAUCCCGCAGUUCUGGCCGCCGUAAUUUGCUCUAACUCGCAUAAGGAAGAUGGUUCACACGAUCUUUCGGGCGUCCGCAACAGUGCCGGGGAGAUCACAGGCGAAAGACCGAGCAGUUCACGCAAUGGUCCGCAAAACUAUCGUCACCAUCACGCCAACACUAACUCAUCGGGACGCACAUCUGGCCCAUCGAACUCGCAGCGGAACAGUUGUACCCGAACCCACAGCAUCAGCAACUACAGCAAUAACAUGACUCCUAUUUCUCCUGCGACGAACGCAACCAGUUUCCUCACUGUAGAUGACGGUGAGGACAAAGACUUUAGCCAGGAAAGCAGUAGCAGGAGCGAUCGUGAAAGUGAUAGAGGCGACGCGCGUCCAGGCUCUUCCAAUAUCGACCGGGAAUCGGAGGGUCAUCCACCACAGUCUAGCCAUACUUCCCAUUCUCAGUCGGAUGAGAUGAACAAGAAUCAUACUAUGGCACCCGUGAGAGGGAACAGCAAUGGCUAUUCUAAACAGCCUGCACACUCCCCUGGAAGCCCAAAGCACGAUGGCAAUGGUCAGCAAUGGGAUGGAUCCAGCGGCGGAGAUCAGUCAUCGCGCAAGUUGUUGAAACGUCGAAGUCGCCUGCGAUUAGCAUUCUGGAAACGCAAAACCCAUCAUUCUCACCAUCAUGAGCUGAGCGGUGAAUCAUGA